CACCCUUGACUGCCCUCACUCAAUCCUCUCUUGUCUCUUCGUUUCUUGUAUUUUUUUUUUAAAUGGAAAUUCAGAAAUAAAGACAAAAAACUAGGGAAAUACCAAACCUAUCCCUGCAAGCAGGCACUGGUUCUCACUGUUCGAUCUGCUCAUAUUUCGCCUCCAAAUAUUGCCUUUUGUUCCUCCUCCGCUAUCUCUCACAGUCCUCGGCCAUCCAUAAAACAGAAGUCCAUUUAAGCAGGAUUGUGAAGAUUAAAUUGGAUGGAGGGAGUUGGGGCUGAGGGUGCCUCGGUUGCAUCGCCUGUUGCACAAUGGGGACAUGAUGUUUGGAGGAUUUAUCAGUAUUAUCUUGAUAAGAGCACACCUCAUACGGUCUACAGGUGGAUUGGCACUCUUGUUGCAGUGGCUAUCUACUGCUUGCGAGUUUGUUAUGUUCAAGGGUUUUACAUCAUUGCCUAUGGGCUUGGAAUAUACAUACUGAAUUUGCUAAUUGGGUUUUUGUCACCACUGGUUGAUCCUGAAAUUGAUCCUUCAGAUGGUCCUUCGCUGCCGACAAAGGGUUCUGAUGAAUUCAAGCCCUUCAUUCGCCGACUUCCUGAGUUUAAAUUCUGGUACUCCUUCACGAAGGCAUUCGUCAUCGCAUUUGUUAUGACCUUCUUUUCCAUGUUUGAUGUUCCUGUCUUUUGGCCUAUUUUGCUCUGUUACUGGAUUGUUCUUUUUGUCCUUACAAUGAGGCGCCAAAUUGCGCAUAUGAUCAAAUACAAAUAUAUUCCAUUCAGUUUAGGAAAACAGAAGUAUGGUGGUAAGAAAUCUUCUGCAAGUAGUAGUGGCUCCCGCGGGGACUAAAGCUUGGCUGGUUGAUAGGCAACUAGAGAAGGACCAGAUGGAAGGAAACAUUUAGACAUGAAGAUUCAUGACAAUUGAUUUUUCCUUUUUAAGGGACAUGCCUUCAUGUUGUGAUGGACUUUAAUAUGCACUUACGAACCUAAAGUUCAAUUGUGCCUUGGCAUUUUAUGAUGGCAGAGUGCUGAUGUUGCAGAAGUGAAACUUUAUUGUUUAUAUAGAACGAAGAAGGUUCAUUUACGAUUCUGAGAAUGAAUAUUGUCUUUGUAAAGUGCUUGAUUCCGUUGUAUUAGUUCGCUCUAUGGUAGUCAUGAAAAGUGGCACUGUAGCCAUUAGUGCAUGCUUCUGUAGUACUGGAAGUUAUGACAGACAGAUAGUAGUGGACGACGCUGUUUCAAGUUAACUUUAAAUUCGAAUGGUUUAUC